AUGGACUCCUUGAGGAACGAAAUCUUUACGAGCGAAAAGUUCACUGUCUUCUGGAACUUCGUCACCAAGCUCACCGCAAUCUUCAUGGUGAUCAUCGUCCCCUUCCAGAUCUACCGCACGGGCAAUUCGGCGCUCUGGCCCGUCGUCUGCGGCUCCGCUGCCUCGCUCGUGCCAGACCUGGGCCUGCCAGGCACAGUCGCUGAACCCCUCGCCUUUGGACUCAGGGUCGUUGCCGUGCUCACUUUGUUCCGGUACUUGGUCGGGCGCAAGCAGGCGUACGAGAAGCGUAAGAUGGGGAACAAGGCGGCUGGGACGGGGGCAUCAUCCUGA